AUGGUAGGGGACUCUACCGCACCAUCUGCGGAUCCUCAGCAAGAUGUCUCUAGCCGCGAACCGUUCUCAUCACUUGAGCUCUCAGAGCCAACAAACAAAGCCCUCGCAGAUAUGGGCUUUACCACAAUGACUCCCGUACAAGCCAAAGCUAUACCCCCACUCCUCGCAGGAAAAGAUGUUUUAGGUGCUGCUCGUACAGGAUCAGGAAAGACACUCGCAUUUCUCAUACCUGCGGUUGAGCUCCUGCAUCGGAUGAAGUUCAAACCUAGAAAUGGUACUGGAAUUAUCAUCGUUUCUCCCACACGAGAACUGGCGCUGCAAAUUUUCGGGGUUGCAAAAGAUCUCAUGGCACAUCAUUCGCAGACCUUUGGUAUUGUUAUCGGUGGUGCAAAUAGGAGGGCCGAGGCGGAGAAGUUGGAGAAAGGUGUUAAUUUGAUUGUUGCAACCCCUGGUCGGCUGUUGGAUCACCUCGAGAAUACAAAAGGGUUCGUUUUCCGAAAUCUUAAAGCCUUGGUGAUAGACGAGGCGGAUCGAAUAUUGGAGAUCGGUUUCGAAGAGGAAAUGAAGAAGAUAAUAAAAAUUCUUCCAAAUGGCCGACAGUCCAUGCUCUUCUCGGCCACUCAGACCACAAAAGUCCAAGACCUUGCACGAAUAUCUCUUCGUCCUGGGCCUCUGCACGUCGAUGUCGACAAAGAAGAGGCAACAAGCACUGUCUCAACACUUUCACAAGGAUAUGUUGUUUGUCCCUCUGACCGCCGCUUCCUCCUUCUCUUUACUUUCCUCAAAAAGAACCUGAAGAAGAAAGUCAUUGUGUUCUUCUCGAGUUGCAAUUCCGUCAAAUAUCACGGCGAGCUGCUAAAUUACAUUGAUGUGCCUGUGCUCGAUUUACAUGGCAAGCAAAAACAACAAAAACGGACAAACACAUUCUUCGAGUUCAUAAAUGCUGAGUCUGGAAUUUUACUAUGCACGGACGUCGCAGCCCGCGGCCUCGAUAUUCCACGGGUAGACUGGAUCGUCCAGUUUGAUCCCCCAGACGACCCACGGGACUACAUUCACCGUGUGGGCCGAACUGCGCGUGCUGGCAAGGUUGGGAAGAGCUUGAUGUUCCUGCUAGAGAGUGAACUUGGUUUCCUGCGGUACCUCAAGGAAGCAAAGGUUCCGCUGAAUGAAUUUACAUUCCCCGCGGACCGGGUUGCGAAUGUACAGAGUCAGCUGGAGAAACUUUUGCAAAACAACUACUUUUUGCACCAAUCGGCAAGGGACGGUUUCCGGUCGUAUCUGCAAGCAUAUGCAUCGUAUUCACUGAAGAAGAUAUUUGACAUUAAUGCACUGGACCUUGCAAAAGUGGGGAAAGCGUUCGGGUUCGCUGUUCCCCCACGCGUAAAUGUCAAUAUUGGUGGGGGGAAACCUACUGCUACUGGUAAAAAGCGGCAGAGAAAUGAGGUGGAUGCGGAUGACGAGGAGUGGGAGGACAUGCCAUUGGGUGGUGGUGCAGAAAGCGCAGAUGAGGUCAUGGAAGAGGCGGAAUCCCAGCGGAACAAGGCGCGGAGAAAGGGAAAAGAAUGGCGGGUGGAGACUUUAGGCAAGAAAGCAGUCGAAAAGGAGAUGUAUCGGAAAGGAAAGGAACGGAAGAGAGCAAAAGCGUCUGGACAACAGUGGAGCGGGUGA